UCCCAAGAGGGAAAUCACUGGUAUAAAAGGCGUCAAGGAGAAGGUACAAAAUGCAAGCUCUAGCAACUAAAAAAAGGAAGAAGAAGGAAAUAUUCCCUCUUCUUCUUUGUCAGAAUAAAAAAAUAAAUAUAAAAAAAAAAAAAAGAAAAGAAAAAGGUGUGAGAUUAGGGAUAGGGGAAAAUGGAGAGAACUAGUUUUACAGUUGUUGCUUUGCUAGUUUGCCUCUCUGUUGUGGUGGUGAAAGCUGAGGAUCCUUACCUCUUCUUUGAGUGGAAUGUCACCUACGGGACAAUUGCUCCAUUGGGUGUGCCACUACAGGGCAUCCUCAUAAACGGGCAGCUUCCAGGGCCCAAGAUCAACUGCACCUCCAAUAACAACAUUGUUGUCAAUGUCUUCAACAAUCUAGAUGAGCCCUUGCUCUUAACCUGGAACGGUGUCCAACAAAGGAAGAACUCGUGGCAAGAUGGUACCCCAGGAACCAUGUGCCCGAUCAUGCCCGGUACAAACUUCACCUACCGCUUCCAAGUCAAGGACCAGAUCGGUAGCUUCUUCUACUUCCCCACAACAGACUUGCAUCGUGCUGCUGGUGGUUUUGGUGCCAUCAAUGUCCAUAGCCGUGCCCUUAUUCCCGUUCCUUUUGAUAGCCCUGCCGAUGAAUAUAACGUAUUUGUGGGUGAUUGGUACAACAAGGGUUACAAGUCGUUGAAGAAGAUCUUAGAUGGGGGACGCACAAUUGGCAGACCCGAUGGCAUCCACAUCAAUGGAAAAUCACUCAAGGUCGGUGACAAGGUUGCUGAGCCACUCUUCACCAUGGAGUCUGGCAAGACCUAUAGGUACAGGAUGUGCAAUGCUGGCAUGAGGACAUCAGUCAACGUCAGGAUUCAAGGCCACCCCAUGAAGUUGGUGGAAAUGGAGGGAUCCCACACUGUGCAGAACGUCUAUGAGUCCCUUGACCUCCAUGUUGGUCAAUGCCUUUCGGUGUUGGUCACUGCUGAUCAAGAGCCCAAGGACUAUUACAUGAUUGUUUCUAGUAGGUUCCUGAAGCAAGCACAACUCUCUUCCGUGGCUAUCAUUCGAUAUGCCAAUGGCAAGGGACCAGCAUCUUCUGACCUCCCAGCACCUCCACCAGAAAACACCCAAGGCAUUGCUUGGUCCAUUAACCAGUUUCGCUCCUUCAGAUGGAACCUUACUGCUAGUGCUGCCCGCCCCAACCCUCAAGGAUCCUACCACUACGGACAGAUCAACAUCACCCGCACUUUCAAGAUUGUCAACUCUAGGAGCGAAGUAGAUGGAAAGCUUCGAUUUGCCUUGAACGGUAUCUCCCACACUGCUGCUGCAGAAACCCCAUUCAAGCUUGCUGAAUACUUCGGAGCCACCGAGAAGCUGUUCAAGUAUGAUCUCAUGGCUGAUGAACCCCAAACUGACGACCUGAACAAGGUGACUGUCGCCCCCAAUAUCAAGAAUGCCACCUUCCGUAACUUUGUAGAGAUCAUCUUUGAGAACCGGGAGAAGACCAUCCAAACCUAUCACUUGGACGGAUAUUCCUUUUUCGCAGUGGCCAUCGAGCCAGGGAGGUGGAGUCCAGAGAAAAGAAAGAACUACAACUUGGUGGAUGCAGUAAGCAGGCACAGCAUCCAAGUCUAUCCAAACUCAUGGGCCGCGGUGAUGACAACCCUAGACAACGCUGGACUAUGGAACUUGAGAUCAGAGAUGUGGGAGAGGUUCUACUUAGGACAACAACUCUACUUUAGUGUUCUCUCACCAGCUCGCUCCUUGAGGGAUGAGUACAACCUCCCUGACAACCACCCUCUUUGCGGUAUUGUUAAGAGUUUGCCCAUGCCUUCUCCAUACAAGCCAUAGAUGUAAUAGUAGGCAUAUGAGAGGGGGGGUUUUUCACAUAUUUUUUUUAUAUAUAUGACAAGAGCUUGAUUUGUUAAUGUUGUAUUGUUUCCAUUUACAUAAACAAUAAAACAAAAAUAUAAAAAUAAAGGAUUUUCUCCCUCCA